AUGGCCUCUACAUACUCCAACGCCUGCUGUGAGACACCAGUCCCACACAAUGUCGCAGAUUACCAGGCCCAAGGAGAAUGGCUUGACAUCCUUGGCGAAAAAGUGUACGUCGUCGGUGACAAGGCAGCUAAUCGGGCUAUUGUCUGGGUUUUUGACAUCUUUGGAUAUUCUCCACAAACUUUACGAGGGGCGGAUGUUGUUGCUGCAAAUCUGUUGAGCUCGUCAAAAGGUCCUGUCACCGUACUUAUUCCAGACUGGUUUGACGGCACCGUAGCUGACAAAGCUUGGGUGCCCCCUGUUACCGACGAUCAAGCGGCGAAGUUAGGAAACUUCAUCAAAACCAAAGCUGCGCCUGAACUGGUUGUUCCCCGAGUACUCAAGUUUGCCGAAGCCCUAAAGCAACAUCAAACAAUUCUCCCUAACAUUCAGAAUUUGGGAAUAUUUGGAUUUUGCUGGGGAGGCAAGCUCGCAUCUAUAGCAUGUCAGAAAUCUUCGGAUGGUGUCUUUGCAGUGGCCGUUCAGACGUCUCCUUCAAAGGCAGAUCCCGAAGAAGCAAGGAAUAUCUCAGUGCCAAUGGCAUUAAUACUCUCCAAAGAUGAAGAUUUACCGACUAUGAAGCGAUUCUAUGACAAUAUCCCCACGCCGUAUAAGCUCUUGGAGAGAUUCGACGAUCAGAUACAUGGGUUUAUGAGUGGACGUGGGGACCUUUCCGACCCAGGCGUGAAAGCGGAGGUUGAAAGGGGAUAUAAUCAGGCGGUCGAGUUCUUUGAUAAAUAUCUAUGA